AGUGUCAUGUAUAAAGUGUGCGCUGUGCAAGUGGGUCUCGUCAGUUUUGCUUUUAAUUCAAAACGUGCAAGAUGAUGUUCUAUUAUAAAACUCAUAAACUUUGAUAUUUAUAAACUCGGAUGUGGUAUAUAACAAUCCCACUGCUGUUGACCACGACGCCAUUUGGUGUUUUAUCCAAGUCAAAUCGCGUAGCAUUAACCGUUGAAAAAUUGGCGAUAAAUGUUCUUUAAUGUGUUCCUGCGCGCGUUUCAGAACCAUUAUGAAUGUCCAUCAAACUAACUAGUGCACAAUAAUUCAAGGAGUUAGUCACUGUCAUCGAGUAACAGCGGUAAUAGAACUAUACCCAAAAGAAGCUGGCAAUAAAAACAACGCAACUGCUUCGCAUAUAUUUUGAAAAUGUGUACGUAUUAUCAUUUGCGACGAUUUUGCAGUCAACGAGAGGCCUCAAGUCGAGCAAUUAUAACCUAAAAGCCGCACGUGCACUACGUCGUCAUAUUGGAGAGAGCGAAGAGUGAAAAGUACAGUGUGCAAGGCGCAAGGAUUCAUAUUCGAGACUUCGGGAACAGCUGUUGCUGUUGCGCUUUAACCAUGGCAACAACAGCCGACCAACUAAUGGCACCUGCCCUGGUCCCGACCAGCAAUGGGCAACAGUCGGUGCUGAUUGUCGGAACGAAACUGCAGGCGAGCACGAACUCAAAUUCAGAUUCAAAUCAAAAUUCAACCAAAAAAAAGAAAACUGCUGCAGUACAGCAGCAACAGCAACAGCAUCAGCAUCAAGUGGAUAGCAAAAGGUCUGCCUUGGCCAAACCAGAUGCCAUGAACGCCAGCCUGAAGCUAAAGAGCUCCGAGCCCAUCAAGGAAGUUCGGGUCUAUAAAAUUGUACUCACUGGCGGUCCCUGCGGUGGCAAAACAACUGGCCAGAGUCGCCUGUGCACCUUCUUUGAGAAUCUGGGCUGGAAGGUAUUCCGCGUGCCUGAAACGGCCACUGUACUACUCAGCGGCGGCGUCAAGUUCUCUGAUCUGACCGAGGAUGAGGACCCGCCCACGCCAAGCACCUUCGUUUACAAAGAUCUGCCAUUUGCCGCACCGGAGCACAGUAUCAUCGAUCUGACCGCAUCCUGUCCACGUUGCCUGGCCCAGGCUGCAUCCAAGCCGAAUGGCAGCGAAGCUUAUAAGUUUCAGGAAAAUCUGAUACGCACAAUGGUGCAAAUCGAGAACACAUAUUUCGAGCUGGGCAACUCGAACACCCGCAACGUCCUCAUCAUCUGCGAUCGCGGCGUCAUGGAUGCCAGCGCAUAUAUAUCGAAGGACAAGUGGGAGAAAAUGAUGGCGGCCAACAAAUGGAAUCCCGUGGAGAUGCGCGACAAUCGCUACAACCAAAUUCUGCACUUGGUAUCGGCCGCAAAUGGUGCCGAGGAUUUCUACUCCACAGAGGACCAUGCCUGCCGCUCUGAGGGCGUUGAGCUCGCCCGUGAGCUGGACUAUAAAUCGGCCGCUGCCUGGGUGGGUCAUCCCUAUUUUGAUGUCAUUGAUAACUCCACCGAUUUUGAGACCAAAAUGAAUCGCAUGAUUGAAUCCGUGUGCCAAAAACUGGGCAUCGAUAUUGGCGAUCGUUUGCAAGCCACCUCAAGGAAACUCAAAUAUUUGGUUGCCUCGCUGCCGCCUGAAAGCGAAUUUCCACCCUUCCAAGACUUUGAUGUGGAGCAUCAUUAUCUGCAGUCCACCUUCCCCAAGGUGCAGGCGCGUCUUCGCAAGCGCGGUCAGAAGAAUCACUGGAGCUACAUAUACACCCAGCGGCGUCCCAACAUACAUGGCCAGAACCGCAUCGAGGUGAAGACACAGCUAACACAUCGUGACUAUAUCAACCUACUAGCUCAAUGUGAUGAUGCGCACUAUACCAUCUAUAAGACGCGUCGUUGCUUUCUGAUUAACAAUCAAUAUUUCCAACUGGACAUCUAUAAGGAGCCGGGUCAUCCACGCUGCAAGGGAUUGGUGCUUUUGGAGACCUACUCCUCGCUAACGGGCGAUGCGCUGAAAAACUGCAUGCCCAAGUUUUUGAACAUUGUUAAGGAGGUUACCGGCGAUCCGGACUAUUCAAUGUUCAAUCUGUCCCUCAAGGAGGACUGGAGUACCAGCGAGAAGUACUGCCGUCCGACAAGCCAUGGUAAGCAGAAGCAGCCACUACCGCCGCCGCCGCCUCCUGCACCAGAAAGGCACUAUCAUCCGUAUGAUGAGAACAGCGACUAAGGCAGCUUCUCCCGUCA